CAGCUCCCGGCGUGCCUGAGCGGAGCCGGAAGCGGCGCGAUGGCGGCAGGUGAGGGGCCCGCACCGGCCGGCUCGGGCCCGGCGGGUUGACGGGCCCCGUUCUGCGCCCGCAGGUCGCUAUCGCCGCCGCCAUGGCGCUGAUCGAGGGCGUUGGCGAUGAGGUGACUGUGCUCUUCGCUUUGCUGCUGGUCGCCGUGGUGCUGGGGCUGGCCUGGGCCUCCACUCGCGCCCCCGAGCCCGCCGCCACGCCCCGCGACGCCGCUGCGCUGCCCGAGGAGGGACCGAGCACUGCACCGGCACCCGCAGAGCAUAAGGCCUCGCCGGCAGCAGCGGCCGCAUCUGCAGCCGGAGCAGUCCCCGAUGAGGCGAGCGGGUUGGCGGCGGGGCUGCGGUCCCAGGCAGGACCCGCACCGGCGCAGGGCCCCUUCGGGGAAGGGGACGGGGACGGUGACCCCGCCGAGCCCACCAUGGUGCUGCGGCUGAAGUUCCUCAACGACACGGAGCGGCUGGCCCGUGUGCGCCCCAGUGACACCGUCGGGGCCCUGAAGAGGGCUCAUUUUCCCGGGCAGGAGCAGCAAGUGCGACUUAUCUACCAGGGCCAGCUGCUGCGCGACGACAGUCAGAGCCUGGCCGCGCUUCACCUCGCUCCCAACAGCGUCCUGCACUGCCACAUCUCCCCGCACAGCCCAGGCCCCGCGCCCGCCGGCCCCCACGCCUCUGCCGACCCCGUGCACGCCGCCCUCAACGUGGGCAGCCUGAUGCUGCCGCUCUUCGUGCUGCUGCUGGCUGUGCUCUGGUACUUCCAGCUCCAAUACCGCCAUGUCUUCACUGCCACUGCCACCACGUUCCUGGCCGGUCUCACCCUCCUCUUCAGCUUUAUGGCCUUCACCAUGUACCGCAGAUAGCACGGCCCCGCGCCUGCUCCUGGCGGGAGCUGGCCACCGCACUUGAACACGGGAGGGGACCGGCAGCCUGCCCGCACGCCAUGUGUCAUGCUUCGGGAACGGGCAGUGCUGCCACCGGAGCCAAGGCUGCUGCGGGAGACAGCGCUGUGCUACCUCGUCCCGCUGAGGACGUGUGGGAUGUCCCGGUGCCCUCCCAACCCUGCACAGAGCCUCUGUCCAGUCCCCGGGCCCACGCGCUGCGGCGGUGCUCGCUGCCCUGCGGCCGGGAGCUGCUGGCGGGGCCGCGGUGCGGGCGGAGGCGCGUUCUGUUUUGAUUAAAGACUGUGAACGGCACCACCGGGUCCUGGCUCACUGCCGGCGGGGCCGCGGUGCGGGCGGAGGCGCGCUCUGUUUCGAUUAAAGACUGUGAACGGCACCACCGGGUCCUGGCUCACUGCGGCGCGGGGUCGCGAUGCGGGGGGCAGCGCGCUCUGUUUCGAUUAAAGACUGUGAACGGCACCACCGGGUCCUGGCUCUCUGCGGCGCGGGGUCGCGAUGCGGGGGGCAGCGCGCUCUGUUUCCAUUAAACACUGAGCGGCACCACCGGGUCCCGGCUCUCUGCGGCGCGGGGCCGGGGGGCGGGGGGCAGCGCGCUCUGUUUCCAUUAAACACUGAGCGGCACCACCGGGUCCCGGCUCUCUGCGGCGCGGGGUCGCGAUGCGGGGGGCAGCGCGCUCUGUUUCCAUUAAACACUGAGCGGCA